GCGGCUUCUGUAGCCAUGGCUACGGUGGCCUGGGAUGCAGAGCCAGGAUGGGGAGUGGGGACAGAUGGGGCCUGUGCGUCCUGUGCGUCCUGUGCGUCCUGUGCGUCCUGUGCAUCCUGUCUUAGCCCUGCUCAGCAGCCAUGGCUUCCUUCCAGGCCCUACCAAGGCAACCCCACCUUCGACCCCGAGUUCAUUCGCUCCAAGUCCACGGCUGCGGCCGGCCUGUGCUCCUGGUGCAUCAACAUCGUGCGCUUCUACGAGGUGUACUGUGACGUGGCCCCCAAGAGGCAGGCCCUGGAGGAGGCCAACGCCGAGCUGGCCGAGGCGCAGGAGAAGCUGUCCCGGAUCAAGAACAAGAUUGCAGAACUCAACGCCAACCUGAGCAACUUGACCUCAGCCUUUGAGAAAGCCACGGCUGAGAAAAUCAAGUGUCAGCAAGAGGCCGACGCCACCAACAGGGUGAUCUCACUGGCUAACAGGCUUGUGGGAGGACUGGCGUCGGAAAAUGUGCGCUGGGCUGAGUCAGUGGAGAACUUCAAGAGCCAGGGGGUUACCCUGUGCGGGGACGUCCUGCUCAUCUCUGCCUUCGUCUCCUACGUGGGCUACUUCACCAAGAAGUACCGGAAUGAGCUGAUGGAAAAAUUCUGGGUCCCCUACAUAGAUAAAUUAAAGGUCCCGAUCCCCAUCACGGAGGGCCUGGAUCCCCUGACCCUGCUCACAGACGAUGCCGACGUGGCCUCCUGGAACAACCAAGGUCUGCCCAGCGACCGCAUGUCCACCGAGAACGCCACCAUCUUAUGCAACACAGAGCGCUGGCCGCUCAUUGUUGACGCCCAGCUUCAAGGCAUCAAGUGGAUCAAAAACAAAUAUGGCGGCGAGCUGAAGGCCAUCCGCCUGGGGCAGAAGAGCUACCUGGACAUCAUUGAGCAGGCCAUCUCAGAGGGUGACACUUUACUCAUUGAGAACAUCGGCGAGACUGUAGACCCUGUGCUCGACCCGUUGCUGGGCAGGAACACGAUCAAAAAGGGGAGGUUCAUUAAGAUCGGGGACAAGGAGGUAGAGUACCACCCCAGUUUCCGCCUGAUCCUUCACACCAAGUACUUCAACCCCCACUACAAACCCGAGAUGCAGGCGCAGUGUACGCUCAUCAACUUCCUGGUCACCAGGGACGGGCUGGAGGACCAGCUCCUGGCCGCCGUGGUGGCCAAAGAGCGCCCGGACCUGGAACAGCUCAAGGCAAGCCUCACCAAAUCUCAGAAUGAGUUCAAGAUCGUGCUCAAAGAGCUGGAAGACUCUCUCCUGGCCCGGCUGUCGGCUGCGUCGGGGAACUUUCUGGGAGACACUGCCUUGGUGGAAAACCUGGAGACCACCAAGCACACAGCCAGUGAGAUUGAGGAAAAGGUCCAAGAGGCAAAAAUCACAGAAUCGAAGAUCAACGAGGCCCGAGAGAACUACCGCCCCGCCGCAGCUCGGGCCUCCCUACUCUACUUCAUCCUGAACGACCUCAACAAGAUCAACCCCAUCUACCAGUUCUCCCUCAAGGCCUUCAACGUCGUGUUCGAGAAAGCCAUCCAGAACACGAUGCCUGCCGACGAGGUGAAGCAGCGUGUGAUCAACCUGACAGACCAGAUCACCUACUCUGUGUACAUGUACACGGCGCGUGGGCUCUUUGAGAGGGACAAACUCAUCUUCUUGGCUCAAGUCACCUUCCAGGUCCUGUCCAUGAAGAAGGAGCUGAACCCCAUGGAGCUGGACUUCCUCCUGCGGUUCCCCUUCAAGGCGGGCGUGGUGUCACCUGUGGAUUUCCUGCAGCACCAGAGUUGGGGCGGGAUCAAGGCCCUGUCAGAGAUGGACGAGUUCAAAAACCUGGACAGUGACAUCGAGGGCUCCGCCAAGCGGUGGAAGAAACUGGUGGAGUCGGAAGCCCCGGAGAAGGAGAUCUUCCCCAAGGAAUGGAAGAACAAGACGGCGCUGCAGAAGCUGUGCAUGGUGCGGUGCAUGAGGCCCGACCGCAUGACCUACGCUGUCAAGAACUUCGUGGAAGAAAAGAUGGGCAGCAAGUUUGUGGAAGGCCGGAGCGUGGAAUUCUCCAAGUCCUACAAGGAGAGCAGCCCUUCCACGCCAAUCUUCUUCAUCCUGUCCCCCGGGGUCGACCCCCUCAAGGACGUGGAGGCCCUGGGGAAAAAACUGGGAUUUACCAUAGACAAUGGGAAACUCCAUAACGUGUCCCUGGGUCAAGGACAAGAGGUGGUGGCCGAGAAUGCACUGGACGUGGCUGCCGAGAAAGGACACUGGGUCAUCCUGCAGAACAUUCACCUCGUGGCAAGAUGGCUGAGCACCCUGGACAAGAAGAUAGAACGCUACAGCACCGGCAGCCACGAGGACUACCGCGUGUUCAUCAGCGCGGAGCCCGCGCCCACCCCGGAGGCACACAUCAUCCCCCAGGGCAUCCUGGAAAACGCCAUCAAAAUCACCAACGAGCCACCCACGGGCAUGUAUGCCAACCUGCACAAGGCCCUGGACCUUUUCACUCAGGACACCAUGGAGAUGUGCACCAAGGAGAUCGAGUUCAAGUGCAUCCUCUUCGCCCUGUGCUACUUCCACGCCGUAGUAGCCGAGAGGCGCAAGUUCGGUGCCCAGGGCUGGAACCGGUCAUACCCCUUCAACAACGGGGACCUCACCAUCUCCAUCAACGUGCUCUACAACUACCUGGAAGCCAACCCCAAGGUGCCCUGGGAUGAUCUCCGCUACCUUUUCGGUGAGAUCAUGUAUGGAGGCCACAUCACUGAUGACUGGGACCGCCGGCUGUGCAGGACCUACCUGGCAGAGUACAUCCGUGUGGAGAUGCUGGAAGGGGAGGUGCUGCUGGCCCCUGGGUUUCAGAUCCCCCCCAAUCUGGACUACAAGGGCUACCAUGAGUACAUCGAUGAGAACCUGCCCCCCGAGAGUCCAUACCUGUACGGCCUGCACCCCAACGCGGAGAUCGGCUUUCUGACGGUCACUUCAGAGAAGCUGUUCCGCACAGUCCUGGAAAUGCAACCCAAAGAGACAGACUCGGGGGCGGGCACAGGGGUAUCCCGUGAGGAAAAGGUGAAGGCUGUGCUGGAUGACAUCCUUGAGAAGAUUCCAGAGACCUUCAACAUGGCUGAGAUCAUGGCCAAGGCGGCUGAAAAGACCCCCUAUGUGGUUGUGGCCUUUCAAGAAUGUGAACGAAUGAACAUCCUCACCAACGAGAUGAGGCGCUCGCUGAAGGAGCUGAACCUGGGGCUGAAGGGUGAACUGACCAUCACGACAGACAUGGAGGACCUGUCCACGGCUCUGUUCUAUGACACUGUGCCUGACACGUGGGUGGCCCGGGCCUACCCCUCCAUGAUGGGCUUGGCAGCUUGGUAUGCUGACCUGCUGCAGCGUAUCCGGGAGCUUGAAGCCUGGACAACAGACUUCGCCCUGCCCACGACCGUGUGGCUGGCUGGCUUCUUCAACCCACAGUCGUUUCUCACGGCCAUCAUGCAGUCCAUGGCCAGGAAAAAUGAGUGGCCCCUGGACAAGAUGUGUCUGUCUGUGGAGGUGACGAAAAAGAACAGAGAGGACAUGACCGCCCCUCCCCGGGAGGGCUCCUACGUGUACGGGCUCUUCAUGGAAGGAGCUCGCUGGGACACCCAGACUGGAGUCAUUGCUGAAGCACGGCUGAAGGAUCUCACACCAGUCAUGCCUGUCAUCUUCAUCAAGGCCAUUCCUGUGGACCGAAUGGAGACCAAGAACAUCUAUGAGUGCCCCGUGUACAAGACGCGCAUCCGCGGGCCCACCUAUGUCUGGACCUUUAACCUGAAGACCAAGGAGAAGGCGGCCAAGUGGAUCCUGGCAGCGGUGGCGCUGCUGCUGCAGGUGUAGCUGCUGCUGCUGCCGCCCGGCCCUGUUGGGCUCCAACCAGAAACCCAGCCUCGCCACUGUCACUUUACAGGAACUGACAGCGUUUUUUUCCUCAUAAACCCAGUGCACCUGGACUGUGCGAGGGCAGAGGCGGGUGGAGCACAGAUUAAAACAAUUGCGGUCAA